UGCAACAGCUGCCACGACGGAGCCCGUUUGCACGUCACUGAUUUUCUUUCCUCCCCUCUCUCCCUCUAUUCCUCUCUUCCUCUCUUUCCACACCGCCCACUCUCACUCACCGCCGCCUCGCCGGCUUCUUCUCCCCGUCUCAUCGCCCGCUGCCCCUUUUUUCCUGCAUUUCUUGGAGGACAAACACCGCGCAUUCUUUGGACCCAAACAACAAAAACAAACCACCACCAUGGCGAGCACCGAGGAUAAAGUGAAUGCGAAACAGGAGACUGCGACUACCUGGAAGGACUCCUUCUACAACCCGAGGACCGGGGAGUUUAUGGGUCGCACGGCCAGCAGCUGGGCCCUCAUCCUGCUCUUCUACCUGGUGUUCUACUGCUUCCUGGCCGGGAUGUUUGCACUGACCAUGUGGGUGAUGCUGAUGACUCUGGACGACUACGUGCCCAAGUACAGAGACCGCGUUCCCUCCCCAGGGUUGGCGAUUCAACCAAAUUCACUGGAUAUUGUCUACAAUAAAUCUGAACCAUUAAAGUAUGCACCGUACGUCCAGAAGCUGGAAUCCUUCCUGCUGAAUUAUAAUGAUACAGAGCAGGAGAAGAACGAAGACUGUCCCCGAGGAGAUUACUUUCUGCAGGACACUGAAGACAUGGUGAAGAAAGCGUGUCGCUUCAAGAGGGGCAUCCUGAGUCUGUGCUCCGGCCUCUCCGACACCAACUUCGGAUAUUCUGAGGGGAAACCAUGCAUCCUGCUCAAAUUGAACAGGAUCAUCGGACUUAAACCUCUUGGGGAUCCCUACAUCAGCUGCGCAGUCAAAAGAGAGGAACCCAUUCAAAUGCAGUAUUUCCCCCGUGAGGCCCGCAUUGAUAAGAUGUAUUUCCCUUACUACGGAAAGAAAGCCCAAGAGACCUACGUCCAGCCCCUGGUUGCUGUGAAGCUGCUGAUCACCAAGGAGGACUACAACAAGGAGCUGGCGAUUGAGUGCAAGGUGGAGGGCUCCGAUCUCCGUAACAACGACGAGAGGGAUAAGUUCCUGGGCCGUGUGACCUUCCGGAUCAAGGUAGAGGAGUAAAAAGACGAGAAACCGACGCAGAGGCUGCCCAGGAUUUGAAAAAUAAAGAUAACAAAAAGGAAGGAAGUGUCAAAUACGUCACAAAGGCGGCAUUUUGUGGGACGUGGCCCAACAGUUUGUUGUAGAUAGGUUAGAUGCAGAUAUUGAAUGUCGCUUUGCUGACAUUCUGACCCUUCUUUCUUUCACAAUCUUCCCAAAAGUCAGACAAAGGUUCUGCUUCCUGACCCCACCAUCUCAUUCAACUGUUGCACUGCACAUUCCUCACCCCCUUUAUUAUUUUGACAUUUUUAGUAUUGAUGUGAUUAGAAGAAUUAUAGCCAUUGCCACCAAGCAACUUGGAGCUCUUGUGUAAUUUCUGAUACAACUUAUUUCCUUUAGUUUUUUCUGCUCAUAUCUCCCAUCUGUAUGAAUGACCGCAUUGUUGAGCCAGUAGAACAUCCCUUCAUCGCAUCACAAAGACGUCAUAGGAAACGUACCUUGAUAAUCAAGUAUAGCCACUGUAUCCCUGUAUAUGAAAUGCCAAUUACAAAAUCCCUUUCUACAUAUAAAUACAUUGUGAUCCUUAUCAUAUUUAGGGAACUAUAGAUAGAUCUUUGUGUCGAGGCCUGCGUGGCCGUGACCCAGUCUCGUGCUGUCUGUCUGUCUGCAUGUCUGUCUGUCUGUCUGUCUGUCUGUCUGUCUGUCUGUCUGUCUGUCUGUCUGCCCGUCUUCCUGUUUACUCACCUCUCCACUGCAAUAGCCAACAUGUGGGCAGGCCCUCCGGGAGAAGCUGUCUCACUCCACCUUCGCCGGGUGCUGCGCAGUGAUGGUGGCUGAGGCGACACACACACACACACACACCAAGAGAGUACAGUGUAAAAAGAAACUAGAAAGUGUCGCAUAAAUUAAAACUGUAACUAUGUACUGUAUAUCUUCACGUGAUCUGUAUAUCUAUCUGGGUCUCAACGAUUGUUUGUCAGUUUCUUCAGCCUGUUGAUCUGAUUGUCUACCAAUCUAUUACUCUUCAAUGUAUAUAUAUAUACACACACUAUCUACCAUAUUUACUUCACACUGUAUUUUUGUCACAACACACAAUGUCUGUGCACUGUAAAGAAAUAAUUUAAGCAAAGAUUUACAGGAAAUUAUCUUAUUCAAAGCUAUGUUUACACAGUCUUAAAAGGAACCCUCAUUUGAAAUACCAUCUUGUAACAUCUCUUCAGGGUGCCUUAAGACCUGAUCAAAUAAAUUGUGGAAUAAAAGUGAUUUUGAAGAAAAAAUGA